AUGGUUAAAACAAAAGGAAAAAAUAAGAAAAAAAAAUUAGCAAAAAAAAAAAAAGAAGAUAAUGAAUAUGAAGAUAUGGAAUCAGAAGAUAUAACUGCUAGUGGAAAUGAUAAUACUACCCAAGAAGUUUAUUUACCAGGUGAUCCAUUAGAUGAAGAUGAAGAACUUGUUCGAGAAGAGAGUGCAUAUGAAAUGUUUCAUGAAGCACAAACAGGCAAUUUUGAUAUAUUACCUGAUAAUUUGGGUAUGGAUAGAAAUCAAUAUCCACAUACAAUAUUUAUUGUUUGUGGAACACAAGCAGAAAAAUCUGAUCGAAAUAGUGUUAUGGUUGUUAAAAUGUCAAAUUUAACUAAAACUAUAAAAGAAAAUUCACCAGACACAGAAUCAGAUGACGAUGAUGAUGAUGAAGAAGAAGAAGAUAUGAAACCAGAAUUUGAAUCAGUUUCAUUAAAACAUAUUGGUGGUAUUAAUCGUAUAAGGUCAACAGUUAUUAAUGAUCGUAAAAUAGCAGCAACAUGGUCCGAUACAGGCAAAGUCCAUAUAUGGGAUUUAAGUCGUUUACUUCAUGCUGUUAACGAUUCAUCUGUUAUGGCAACUUAUGUUCGUAAUCAAGAAUCACCUAAACCAUUAUUUACAUUUAAUGGACAUAUGAAUGAAGGUUUUGCUAUGGAUUGGUCACCGACGGUACCAGGAAUGUUAGCAACAGGUGAUUGUUCAAAAAAUAUUCAUAUAUGGAAACCAAAUGAAACAGAAUGGCUUGUUGAUCAAAGAUCCUAUAUUGGUCAUACAUCAUCAAUUGAAGAUAUUCAAUGGUCACCAAAUGAACAGAGUGUUUUUGCUUCGUGUAGUGUUGAUCGAAGUAUUCGUGUAUGGGAUAUUCGUGCUAUACCAUCAAAAGCUUGUAUGUUAACAGAAUCUGAUGCACAUACAUCUGAUGUUAAUGUUAUUAGUUGGAAUAAGCAUGAACCAUUUAUUAUAUCUGGUGGUGAUGAUGGUUAUAUUAAAGUUUGGGAUUUAAGACAACUUUCUAAACAAACACCAGUAGCUUCGUUUAAACAUCAUCGUUCAUCAAUAACAAGUGUUCAAUGGCAUCAUACAGAUUCAAGUGUAUUUGCUGCAGCUGGAGCUGAUAAUCAAAUAACAUUAUGGGAUUUAGCUGUAGAAAAAGAUGAUGAAGAAAAUAAAGAACAAACAGCCAAUAAUAAUCAGUUAGAAAAUUUACCAGAUCAAUUAUUGUUUAUUCAUAUGGGACAAACAGAUAUAAAAGAAGUUCAUUGGCAUAAACAAAUACCUGGAUUAAUAAUUAGUACUGCCCUAUCCGGUUUUAAUAUCUUUAAAACGAUCAGUGCUUAA